CACAAAAUGAAGUACAUUUGUUUUAGUUUUAAUUGGAAUUAAUUCCCAAUUUUGAAACUAACUUCGCUCCUGGUCUAAAACAAGAUCUGCUCGUGAUUUACUGAGGAAAAUUAAUAAGUUAGCAGACAGUGGCAGGACACCACCAUGCUGGUCGAGAUUGACCAAGGGGCCACCCAAUUGGAGAGUGUUGACCUCGACGACGACCUUGAUGUCGCAGCGACUACGAUGGCUUUGCUCAAUCCUCUGAUCCUUCAAAAGGUCUUGUCCUCCUUGGACGUCCCCACGUUGAAGUCAGUUCGCCUCGUGUGCACCCUUUGGGCCGACGUGGGCGCUGCUUAUCUCGGGAAGAAGGGUUGCCUCGUCUUUUGGACUCCACGAAACCGCAUAAACUAUGACGCCCUGGCCUGCUUUAAUCCCGAACUUGGCAGAAACGUAGAAUUACUAUUCUACACGUACAAGUUUUGUUGCUUCUCAACAAUUUGUACCUGUUGUACCCAUCUGCCUGCCAACUUUGUCAUAAUUUUACCCGAGAUUUCUGACAAGUUGGAAACCCUCAAGUUCGUCCGGAUCAAAGCGUUCGAACCCCUGCAGGAACUUUGGAGCACUUAUCAGUUCCCAAACCUGACUCAAAUCUGGAUCACCGCGGACGGAGAUUAUCUCGAUAAAAAAGCCCCACCACCCGACAUGGCUCAGUUUCGACCCCUCCCAAAUCUGAAAGUGGUCUUCUUAAGGAUCCCGAGCAGUCCUAGAAAAUACUUGUCGAGGGCGCUGAUAUCCGCCAUUUGUCAAAAUCUGGUCAACGCUGCCCCCAACCUGGAAGAAUUCGAUCUCGAUACCAUUUUCUGCCUGGAUUUGACGCCAUGCCGAAAACUGAAAAGGUUCAUGUUCCAAUAUUAUGCUUGGGGCAGUUUGGAGUCCGAAAUUUCUGGGAUGACGAAAAUGCUGAAAAGUUGUCCAAAUUCUUUGGAAACUUUAAGCUGGGAAUAUUUCGGUUGGGAUGCUGACGCCAUUGAGCUGAAUUUCCGCUUCCCGAACCUCACCCACCUCAGACUUACUGCUGCCGACGGGUUUAUCCUUAAGGACUCCCUGAGCGUCGCUCAUCUCCCAAAAUUAACGCAUUUCUCCCUCCUGGCCUACGAUACUACGUUCGAGCAUGAAAUUUCUGCCAUGCUAGAGAACUACCGUUUGCCCCAUGAUGGGAUAACCUCGCUCGAUAUUUCGGUCACCCAUUACCCCGAAAUUGACAACGAGGAUGGAGAAACUGCCAGAAAACUGGUGAAUUUCUUCCCGUCUGUGAAGGAAUUUAAGUUCAAGCUUGGGGUUAAACUCGUCCAGGAUUUUGAUCAAUAUUUUGCCUCUUUGAUGGAAACGUUGAGAUCUUUCGGUGACUGGGGGUUGACCUGCGGGGAUGUCGAGGUUGAGAUUCCGUACUUUUAUCAACAGCACGAGAUAGAUGGCCCUUACGACCACGAUUUUGGGUCGCUCCUGGUCAUUGCCGUACUAGGAGGAAUGACGGGGUGGAGAGGUUUGACCAACACGACACUUCAAUUUACUGCUAAUCAUCGUCGUCACGCAGAGUUUAGACUGUUGGACGAGAUGCUAGAUGCCCUUUUGUCGUGCAGGACGAUUCGAAGCGUGACUAUUACUGGAUUUCUGAUGGACGAGGAGACUAAUGACAAUUUGCGGACGUUUAUUGGAGAGCAUAAUUUGCCAAUUAGCGUUGCAUAUUAAAUAAUGAUUGCAUUUACUAAUGACUUCACUUAUAAAAAUAUCGUUAUUUCCUCAUUAUUACCAUACCACUUUUACAUUUUUACGUUAAAAACAUUCUUGUUAAUGUAUAGUUUAAUUAGCCAUGUGUAGACACAUAGAUAUAAAUUUAUAUAAACAUUUAGGAGCGAUCCAUAAAUUAUGUCACGCUGAAGAUGGGGGGGAGGGGGUCCAAGCAUCCGUGACAAAGUGUGACAUAUGGGGAGGGGGGGUUCGGCCGAUUCGUGACAUAACGUUUUCCAGGCCUAACUUAAUGCAAAUUUUAACUCACAUUUUAAUUCUCCGACUAUGACCAAACUACAGUUUCGCAAUUAUUUCGAAACGUAUGUCCAACCGAAUAUCAAAUGAUCCAAAGCAUGUUUUAAAAAUUAACUUAAACGUUCAAAAAUUCGUAAUUUCGUAAAUUUCCAUACAUACUUAUAGAAAUUUUUUCUCUGAAAUAAAUUCAAAA